AUGAAUAAAGGUGGUCUGCGAGGUGGGCCAGUCUCCCACUCGACUACAGUGACGAUGGGGCAGAAACGGAGUUCCGGGUCAUUUGCGAAAGAGAAAGACGACAAAAAAAUUUCGCAUUCAGUUGGGCAACUCCCAACUGCGGUGUGCACGGACUCGCCGAUGCGAUGCGAGAACCCGGGGUUUUCUAAUAUUAAAAAUAAAACACUGUUUGAAGAUGAUAGUUCGGAGACGGACACUCCCGUAGUAGAACAAAAGCACAAAGUCAAACAACAAAGUCUGGAGAGUCCAGACGACGACUUUACACUUGUGCCUAUUAAUUAA